GAGCAGCUAUUGUUAGCCAAGCAGGCUGCAGGUUACCUCCUCUCUCACACUUGAUCCCCGGCUACCUGUUGCUUGUUUGUCACUGCCCUUUCCCCGUAAAACUCGUCGUUUCGGAGCGAGUCGCGACCAGGUGAGCGACGGAAAAGUAUCUCCGGAGGAAAACAAGUCAAGCCAGACGGAAACACGGAAGUCAAAAACGAGAUUUAAACAGGUUCAAAUGUUUUAGCGUUUCGACGAGCUAACCGAGACGCAGAAAAAUGCCGCUGGGCCCGUGGAGGAAGAAAAACAAGUCGACCAAGGAGCACCUGGUGGACAACGAGGAGGUCGGCGGCGGCCACCACGCAGGUGCAACGGGCUCUCUGCUCGGCGCCGGCGGCAACAAGUUGCUGGGGAACGGCGCCGGAGGGUUGCCCCCGCCGCCCGCCAACCUGCGGCCGAAGUUGGUCUUCCACACGCAGCUGGCUCACGGGAGCCCAACCGGGAGGAUCGAAGGCUUCUCCAACGUCAAGGAGCUGUACGCCAAGAUUGCUGAUGCCUUUAACAUCAACCCACCAGAGAUUCUCUUCUGUACCCUCAACACACACAAGAUCGACAUGGACAAGUUACUUGGCGGUCAGAUCGGCCUGGAGGAUUUCAUCUUCGCCCACGUCCGAGGCAUCAAGAAAGAGGUUAAGGUGUUAAAGUCUGAGGACGCGCUGGGCCUCACCAUCACAGAUAACGGCGCGGGGUUCGCCUUCAUCAAGCGCAUCAAAGAAGGCAGCGUGGUGGACAAGGUGAAGGUGAUCUGCGUGGGAGACCACAUCGAGUGCAUCAAUGGCCGCAACAUCGUGGGUACGCGCCACUAUGAGGUGGCCCGCAUGCUCAAGGAGCUGCCCACGAAUGAGACCUUCACCCUCAAGCUGGUGGAGCCCAUGAAGGCCUUUGAAAUGCUGGAGCCAAGGUCGAAGGGCGCCAAGCCCAGUGGUGACAACAAGAUUGGCAACGGAAAGGCAACGCUGAGACUUCGCGCCAAAGGCCCGGCGACGGUAGAAGAGGAGCCGACAGAGUUUGAGGAGAAAGCAGUGAAAAAGGUGGAUGAUCUUCUGGAGAGCUACAUGGGAAUCAGAGACACUGAACUUGCGGCAACCAUGGUAGAGGUGGGCCGCGACAAAAAGAACCCGGAUGAGUUCGCCAUGGCACUGGACGAGACGCUCGGGGACUUCGCCUUCCCGGAUGAGUUCGUCUUUGAUGUGUGGGGGGCUAUCGGAGACGCCAAGCAGGGGAGGUUCUAGAUCAACGACCCUACCUGCCAGUCCUCCUCCUACAAAAACUUGAGGCUUGUCGUCACUGGGUGAUGCUUUGGCAAAGUGCAUGGGACACUCCUCCUGCCUGAAUGCUAAACGUGACAGGCAUCAUUUUUUAAAUACAUUUUUAAUUAGUUUUAUAAUAUAUACACUUUUUUUCUGAUUUGCCAGCUUUAAUUUUAGCAGCCGUUUAUUUCUCUUUUUUUGGUUUAUGGGCUAUAUAUGACGUAAAGUUGACUAACUCAAUUUGCUGCGAUACAAUCAGUCAAUCACAGCGAAGUCACCGACUCCACAUUGGAUAAUUAAAACCAUCAGCAAAACAAUUAGCACACAUAGCACUCACUACAAGAAACCUUUAUUUACAGGGUAAAAAAGGAGGCAAAAAUAACAGGAUAAAAUGAGCAAACAACAAAUAAACUCACAUUGGCAAGAAAUCAUCUUUGGAAGCACGUGGUGUCUUCAACAUUAGCAGAAACUAAUUGCCGUGGCUUUAAGGGUGACGAUGCAUGUAGUCUACAGAAAGGUUUCCCGACAUAUACUUUACAGAAACGAACACUAAAGAUUAUAGCACUAACACAUUGGCUGCCAUUGACGUCUACUCAUGAUUCAUUUAAACUCAUAGCAGAAAAGAUGAAAACAGUCAGACAAUUGGCCUUGUCAACGGCGCUGAAACAGUUCUACGUGGUUAUGUGCCUACUCUAUGCGCGUUUUAUAAAAGUUGACAGCUUUUUCAUAAUUGGCGUCUUGAUAAAAACCGACCCGUUUUGGAGCCUCAGUGUGGGAAACCCUGAUGGAAAGUUGUGCGUCAAUUUUGGCACUUGAUUGACUUUACAUCCAUUAUUGUACAGUAUGUGACAAGUAGUCUUCUGGCUAUGGCAGCGUCGUUCGGAGGUGAUGUAGCCCUUGCAGCCCUGAUGCUUGCCUCCUCACAGCUCGUCUCCCGCGUGAGUGCUCUUGAAGGCAUCGCCUGUUAGCUUCUCCUGCGCCUCCUUCAUCCCUGACACAACUAAGGAGGCAAAUAUAACUAUGAAAAGACCUAUAAAGCAGAUUUUGAUGUGUAUGAUGUGAAGGCCUAAAAUGGAGCAGCUAUUGAACUUCAAUGUCUUUUGAGUUAGCCAUCUUGAUAAAAUAUAUUUAUGUACAUUUAGAAUAACCAUCUACAUUAGUGCAAAAGUUAUACAUUUUUUUGGUAAAAAUGUUUUUACUAAUAGUGUAAAGAGGAAAAUAUUUAGAUAUGUAUGACAGCAAGCGUGAGAUUUUUUUGGAACCAAUUUUCAAAAACUUUUGUGGACUGUGUUUAGAGCCUUGUGGGACACCACCACUAAAUUUCAAGAGAAUCUGAUUUCUUGGUAACGAUUUUGUACGGUAAUGUGGCGUGAGGAUUUUCGAAUGUGAAUUUUGUCAAUUGGCUUAAUAAAAGUUGGGAAGCAACCAAAUGAUCAGCUAUUAAAUGCAGUUCUUACCUUGUUCGGCAUUACUGUAAAAAUACUUGUAGUUGGGAUUGCCGUUUUUGUUGGUGAUUUCAGGGCGGACUUUACCACUGGGAUCUGUGAGAAUUUCAACUGGUUAUUUACCGAUCAUUUGGCAGUGAAGGAUCGGCAUUGUGUCAGCACACCUAGGAAUAGGAUGCGCGGGAUGUAGCCUCCGUCGGGGGUGAAGUCCCCAUCCUUUGGUUCCUCUUCGUCCUUUCGCCAGCAAUGGAAAUGAGUGUGAACAACAAUGUACCUGCAGUGGAAUAUUUACUGACUGGUUCUCACUUCCAGGUUGACCAUCACAAAGUUGUGGGCAAGUUCUGCGAUUUCCUUGGAUUCUGCAAAUUUGGGCUUUAAGGCUGAUAAAGAGUCCAAACAAAACUGUUAGCUUCUACAUCACACAUGUGCCGCGUCUGCGUCGUUCACCCAUUUACCUUUACAGGCUCCGCACCAAGUCUUGUGGAUGAUGACCAUGAGAGGCAGACCACUAGCCACCAUGUAUAAACACAAGUUUAGUGAAAUUGGACUUUUUGUUAUCAGCUGUGGCUUUGGAAUAACAUUUGGACAGAUGAUGAAAUACAGUAAUUUCCAUAAGGUUAAGGCUUUUUGUACAAAUGUGGGUGCCGUGUGACUAUAGGCUUUGAAAAACGUUUGGGGGUGGGAUGAAC